UCCUUAUACAAUUGGUUACUGUAUAUGUCUGUCACAAAUGGCAAUCCCACACGACGGCGUCACAACUUAUUUAGCCUUUUUUUGUCGAGGAGCCUUGUUCACGAGAGGCAGGUUAGAUUUUGCUAGCAGUGGAAUAGCUAGAGGAGGCGAGGAGCACCCCUGCAUACAUUCUAACCUGCGUUUUCAAGCAAUUCGGACUUCCAGUCCAUUAUAGCUGCGUAAUGUCGUCCGAAAAUCUAUCAGACACUCAGAUGGAAUAUGAGGAUGAAAAACAGGACUCUCAGGAAAAGAAUGCCAACCUUGUCAAGGGCGAAGAGGUCAAGCUGAAGGCCAAGUACCCCGGCCUGGGCCAGAAGCCUGGAGGCUCCGACUUUCUCAUGAAGAGGCUACAGAAAGGGCAAAAAUACUUUGACUCAGGUGACUACAACAUGGCCAAGGCCAAGAUGAAGAACAAACAGCUGCCCGUGGCGGGCCCUGACAAGAACCUCGUCACAGGGGACCACAUUCCCACGCCACAGGACCUGCCCCAGAGGAGGUCCUCCUUGGUGACCAGCAAACUAGCAGGCUAGCCUAGCCUAGCCUCCACCCAUCCACUAGGCCCCCAGCUAACGGUCCUCACCUGUCCCCCAACAAUGUCGUUACCCCCCCCCGCCACCCCCCCCCCAGUCAUCUCCAGGCUCCACUUGGCUUUAACAUAUCGGGGAGAGCUGUGAAAGUCAGUGCAUAUUGCUUGUAUGUGGGUAGGGUGGGGAGGUGAGCUGGGACCUUUUCUACCAUCUCUUCACACAGCUCUGCCCUCUGCGCACUCUGCUCUACCGCCUCCCUUAUGUCUUGGUUUGGUGUUCAGAGGUACAUAAAGUAGAUGUGCCAUCGGGGAGGCUGAGUUUAAUGCACUUUGUAUUAUGUACAGUACGUUUUUGCAUCCCGAACGACACCAAAAUAUGUUGUUGACGAGGGAGUUAGGAACCAUGAUCGCUCCACAUUUUUCGAUGUUGUGUUCUCGUCAAAGCUGGGGGUAGAUGUUUGUGUAUUUUGCUUGCACACCAAAUCUGGGAGGGAAGGGAACCAUGGUGAAGUAUCCAAAGGAAUGGAGUGGUAAUCAGAGGGAAAUGUGGAAACUGAUUUGAGGUUUCCUUUAUCUCAUGUUUUGUCAAACAAAAAUCCAAGGUCGUCCACGCUGACCUGAACGAACGGAUAUGAAACUGCACAUUUUCUGCUCAUGUCGCUUUAAUUCUUGACUCCCUGUUGCUCUUCUUUUUCUAAAUAUGCUGCAUGAUUGUAACAAAAUGUGCAAAUCUGGCGGGGUUAGACGACAUAGGAGUAGCAAGCAACCAAAUGGAGCCCUGGAAUGUCCAUGGUCACUCUCCACACCUUCCUUCCUUCCCUCUCAAUGUCCUGACAAUCCACACACUGUCUGUAGGCUGCCCAUGGCGAAAGCAAUGGCAAAGCAAACUAAAUACCCAUGUAUCAUUUUAAGGCUGGGAAAAUAAGCAACUGUAUAAUACUCAAGUUAAAUCCUAAGUUCUGUGGCUAUUACAUCACAUCAAAAAGCCUAAAUGAUUUGUAGGGAAUCAAUUCAGUGUAUAUUUCUGUAUUGUGUUGAGAAAUUUGACAUUUGGUAUGAUUUGUGUCUUUUAUAAUGGGUUGUUUGUUCAUUGUCACGCAUUAGCCAUUUACUACAAUCUGUCUCUUUUCACUGUUAAUGGCAGUUCCUGUUGAGAAACUGUUCCAGUAACAGAAGAUUACUGCCUAGUUCCCAAUUACAUUAGUUGCUAAACCUCUCCUCAGUCUCUCCUUCAAAUUCAACGUAGCCGGAGCCUCACAGUGUACUGCUGAAGCAUAGAGCCUUACGUAUUGACAUUCUAAAAAUAAAAAUCUGUGAUGUCAGUAAUGGGGUAAACAGUCGGCCACCUGGUAAACUGGCCCUGACUGGCCCCUGGCUCACACAGACCUAACUGGAACACACAGCGCGCUUUAGAGAUAUGCUCACUUGACACAUGGCAAAGGGAAGGGGUUUUAUGACAUGAGGAGAGGGGGAAAAGUGUGAGUGUGUAUUUAGUUGACCCUGCUCACACCUGUUGGGAUGGCUCAACUUGCAAAAUAAUUAUGGUGAAAGGUGUGUUAGAUAAAUCCUACAAAAGUAAAGGCUAGUUGUCCUAUCUCAAUGUAUCACACACUCCACACAAAUGAUCAAAUACACACUUGAGCACUCCCAUCUUGGCAGCUUUUGAAUAUUAGACACGGACCUGUGUCAAAUUGCAGGGAAGAAGAUAGAGUGUGUUUGUCUGGGUUAGUAUGAAUGUGCUGCUGUUCUCUGUCCCAGCGGGUGUAAAUAGACUUGGGGGUUGAGGAUUUUUUUCUCUUUCUGUUGAUUUCACUACUUGUAGUUCUCUGAUUCAAUGUUUCCUUUCUCCUGUCGGUGAAUACACUACUUCUGCUUUAUCUUCUUUUUUUUACUACAGAGACCUUAAUCUGUAUAAUAUGAAUGUGUAAAUGCUGCUGAUUCAGUCGAUGACAAAUCUUAAACUGAGAUAUUACCCUAUAAAGAACGCCUGUCCCAGAUUAAACAUUUUUGACCCACUCCUACCAUGAAUAAUGUCUGCCAAUUGGAGACUGACUAACCCCUCCAGGGUUGGGGGUAUAAUUCCAUUUCAAUUAGGAUAUGAAUUGAAAUUCUACCCAUGACCAAUGCAAUCCAUUUUGGGAACUGGCCAGCAGGAGUUGAAAUUUAAUUGACCCCAACUUGUUACUUGAAUUUGAACAGAAAGACCAUGCAGAAUCCUAAAUAAUUGUAGCCUGCCAUUGCAGGCUUAAAGUGUCAUAAUAUAAUUGGAUAUGCUGCUGAAAUUAAGGUUGUUGAAACAACAUAGGAAUUCUUGAUUGCUAUGUUUUUGUGCACUCUCUGGCUUUGUAUGGAGCAAUGCAAUGAGGAAUAUAGCAAGGUAUGUUAAAAUACCAUGUCUACUGUUCAACCCUAAGUAUGUGCCAGAAUGUAAACAAAUUAAAAUGACUGUGUGCUGCUUACUGAAACUGUUUUUGAUUUUGCAUACAGUAAAGCUGUUUUAGUGUUCUCUUACAUCACUACAUGACCACAACAAAAGUUUAUCCUGGCCCAAGAUAACUGCAGGGAUAUCUGGAGCACUCUUGCUCCCAAUAACUGGGGGUUUACUUAAGGAUAUGCGUAUUGUGGAGCUGGAGACAAAACAAAAGAUUGAUUUUAAGAAAUUAGAAAGUACAUGAGUACUAAUAAUGUUUGUUGUGUGGAAGUAGUGGAGCAAAUUUGUCAGUAUUUGAAAUAAACUUUUACAUGAAUAUGAA